AUUUUGGAGAAAACAAAAAAUACAUGGAAAAAAUUAUUGAAACCUCAAGAAAUGAAAAAAAGUAGUACUAUUAAUUAACUUUUUCUUUGACCCGACUCUCUCUCCUCCCUCUUUUCAUGGUGUAGACCCAACUCUCUCUCUUCUAUCUAUCCCCAUCUCCAUGGAAGCAAGGAGAUGUGUUCAUUUAUUUCCGCCUCUCUCUACAGCGUUACAUGAACAGUGACUACUUCUCUCCUUUUUGUCUUCUUCUCCCCUUUGCUUAAUUCUUCUGAGGAAGGCUAUCUCGUGAUCUUUACCGCUCAAAUAAAUCUAAACUUUCAGGUAACAGCUUAAUGAGUUUCUCUCUCUCUCUCUAAAGCUCUGUUUUUUUUUGUACUUUUGCUUUUCCAGGUGUUAUUCUCUGUUUCAUGCUAGAUCCAAAAGGCCUUUACUUUGGCUCUUCUUACUUUAACAAGAUCUGUCUCACACUCUUUCAUGGCAAUCUAUGGCAAUCUAAUAAUCAAGAAUCAAUUGCUCCAUGGCCUCCAAAACUUCUGAAGGAUCACUUACCAACUCUAGUCAAAGUAUGUCAGUCAACACUUUAGCAGAUCAAGUUUCUUCAACUCUGUCGUUCGCUGAUCCAAGUAACGACAUCAAAACUAAUAAUAACAACAAGAGUGAGAGCGGGAAGAGUAGCACGUGUAGACCGAGCACAAGCAGUGACAUAAGCGACGAGAGCACGUGCAGCAGCUUUAGCAGCAGCAUCAACAAACCACACAAGGCCAACGAUGUCAGAUGGGAAGCGAUCCAAGCCGUUAGGACCAAACACGGUGGUUUGGGUUUGAACCAUUUUAGGCUCUUGAAGAGGUUAGGAUGUGGGGACAUAGGAACUGUUCAUCUCGCUGAGCUGAACGGGACGAGGUGUUAUUUUGCGAUGAAGGUUAUGGACAAGACAGCUUUGGCUAGCAGGAAAAAGCUUCUUAGAGCUCAGACCGAGAGAGAGAUACUGCAGUGUCUUGAUCACCCUUUCCUUCCGACGUUGUAUAGUCAUUUUGAGACAGAGAAGUUCUCUUGUUUGGUUAUGGAGUUUUGUCCUGGUGGUGAUUUGCAUACGCUGAGACAGAGACAACCAGGGAAACGCUUCACUGAGCAAGCAGCAAAGUUUUAUGUAGCAGAGGUGCUUCUUGCAAUGGAGUAUCUACACAUGCUUGGGAUCGUUUACCGUGAUCUGAAACCAGAGAACGUUCUCGUGAGAGACGAUGGACACGUGAUGCUUUCAGACUUUGAUCUCUCCCUGAGAUGUACCGUUAGCCUCUCCAUAGUCAGAUCAACCAAUCUUGGCUCCGAGGGGUUAUCAAAGAACUCAGUUUCCUGCUCGCAACAACCCUCUUGCAUCCAGCAGCCAUCUUGCAUCUCAAUGGCUCCAACGUCUUGCUUCGGUCCUCGGUUCUUCUCAUCUAAGUCCAAGAAAGACAAGAAACCGAAAACAGAUAACAACGGGAACCACCAAGUAACGCCCUUACCGGAGCUCGUUGCAGAGCCGACAAGCGCACGUUCGAUGUCGUUUGUGGGGACGCACGAGUACUUAGCUCCGGAGAUAAUCAAAGGGGAAGGGCAUGGAAGCGCGGUUGAUUGGUGGACGUUUGGGAUAUUUCUUUACGAGCUGUUGUUUGGUAAGACACCGUUUAAAGGGUCCGGGAAUAGAGCGACGCUGUUCAACGUGGUUGGUCAGCCGUUGAGGUUCCCUGAGUCUCCGGUUGUUAGCUUUGCGGCUAGGGAUUUGAUAAGGAGUUUGCUUGUGAAGGAACCGCAGCAUAGGUUGGCUUAUAAGCGUGGAGCCACGGAGAUUAAGCAGCAUGCUUUCUUUGAAGGAGUGAAUUGGGCUUUGGUUAGGUGUGCUAGUCCGCCUGAGAUUCCUAAACCGGUUGAGAUUGAACCGGUUAAUUAUGCUCCUCCUCCUGCUGCUGCGUCUACAAGUGUGAGAUCUGACCAGAGCAAUUAUCUUGAGUUUGAUUUCUUCUGAAGGUUCACCGGUUUGAUGAUUCUCUUAUUUUUUCUUUGCAAACUCUGCAGAAGUAUAUGUCUAGUGUUUUUUUCUUUUACGUGUUGAACAAGUUAUAUGAGAUUUGUAUCAUUCUUCAACCAUCUGAGACAACCUUCUUAAGUUAAAUGUUAUUAGAAACGACAAGUUACUUUGCUUUUCAUGAUGUAAAUAUGGGAUUGUUUUA